UCAAAGCAAAAUGUCGAUCGAUCCUGCCAUUCCUGUUGCAUCUUUUGCAUGGGAUGUCUUGAAGUGGGUAGUUGUUCCUGUCAAGCGCCAAUUCGGAUACGUGAUCUCCUCCAAGAGGUACGCCCAGGAUCUUCGGAAGGAAGUCGGGAAGCUGGCGUACGAGGCUGAGAGGAUCCACAAUGCCGUCGAAGUGGCCAGAAACAAUCUUUGGACGGUCUACAGUCUAGUCACCGAUUGGCAUGAGAGUGCAGAGAAGGCCUUGAAGGAGGCGGGAGAGCUGUUGGGAGAGUUCGAAAAAGCGAGUAAGAGUUGCUGCUAUGGGACUCUUCCCGACCCCAAUUGUCGCUAUCAGUUCAGCAGAAAGGCCAAGGAUAAGAUCGAGCUCCUUCAGCGACUCGCUCGAGAAUGCAGUGAAUUCAGGGACAUCUCCUUCAUUGAUCCUGCUCCGGCCAGGAGAGAGGGGAAAGAGGUCGUCCAGUCCACCACUGCGACGGCCUCUGCUUCUUCUGCCUCUACGUUUAUUAGGGACGAUGGUGUCUUCGAAUCCAGAGCUCAGAUCAUAAGGAACAUCAUGGACGCUCUUGCUGAUAACAACAACAGUGCGGUUGGAGUUUAUGGAAUGGGCGGGGUGGGCAAGUCCACCCUUUUAGUGGAUGCUGAAAGGCAAAUAAGCGAAGAGAAGUCGUUUGAUUGGGUCGCUAAGGCCGACGUGUCGCAAAAUCCAGACAUCAAGACCAUUCAAGGAGAGAUUGCGGACGCCUUGGGCCUUACUGACAUUAAGAACAAAGAGACUACCAGCGGGCGAGCGAAACUUCUGCACGAGAGGUUGAAAGACGAGGAGCGGAAGAACAAGAAGGUGCUCAUAAUACUGGAUAACCUGUGGAAGGGGUUGGACUUGAAAUCAGUCGGUAUUCCUUGCGGACAUGACAACAAGGUCAUAGGGUGCAAGUUGUUGUUGACGUCAAGAGAACGUGAUGUUUUGCGAACUGAAAUGGGCUGCGACAAGGACUUCCCCCUUGGUGAGCUGAAGGAGGAAGAGGCAAAAAGUUUGUUUGAGAGGCUGGUGGGAGACAAAGUUCAUGAUGGCGGGUUCAAAUCCUUGGUGGAUGAAGCCCUCCACAAAUGUGCAGGUUUGCCUUUCCUAAUUGUCCAUAUGGCGAAAGUUUUUAAACGUGCUGAGUUAUCUGCCUGUAAGAUUGCUUUGAAGCAAAUUAAGUUGUCUAAAAACGAAGGAAUCGGUGAGGUGAUAAAUGAGAGGUUGCAAUUGAGUUAUAAAAACUUAAAAGACUCGGAGAAGUCAUUGUUAGCGCUCUGUGUUGCUUAUGGCACCUCUAAGCCCUCUUUCGAAAACUUGGUGAGGUACGCCGUGGGUUGGGGGCUCUUUCGAGAAGAUGACAACAUGGAAGAAGCUAGAGAGAGUUUGAGAUCAGGGAUUCGUGCUCUUCAAGACUCCUCCCUUCUGUUAGAGGAUGAAAACGCUUAUGGUUUCAAGAUUCACGACUUGGUUCGUGAGUUUGUUGCCUCGGUUGCUUCAAGAGAUCAUCCUCUUGUCGUUUUGAAAGAGAAAGAUAAGUUGUUAGCAGAAUGGUCAGAGGACAAGCUCAAAAGUUGUAGGGGGGUUCAUCUCAGUCGUUCACCUUCGCCGUUUCAGUCCUUGGAGGACUUACACACUCUCUGUCUAGAUGGUUGUUCAUUACAGGAUGUAGCCAUGAUUGGCGAGCUAAAGGGGCUGCAUAUUCUCAGCUUUGUCAACUCCAAUAUUCAACGAUUGCCAAAAGAAAUCGGACAAUUGGUACAGCUGAAGUUGCUAGACUUAGACAAUUGCUCACGACUUGAGAUAAUUGAACCGGGUGUGCUUGAAAGGUUGACGAAAUUGGAGGAGUUGUAUAUGAAGAAUAGCUUUGAUCAUUGGAAUGCCAUAGAGCAAACUCCGCCAACUAAUGCCAGGCUCAUUGAGUUGAACAAAUUGAAGAAUCUCUAUACUUUGCAUGUGUCCAUUCUUGAUCCGAGUGUGCUCCCGGAGGAUCUAAACGUCGAGAAACUAACUAAGUACCAAAUCCGGAUAGGUGAUGUGCCACGCCAGCGAAUUCGCAAUGGAUCGAGCAUAUUGGAGCUUAAGUUGGAUCCAAUAAGCGAUAUUCUUCAGAAAGGAUGCAUACAAACUUUAUUAGGCAAAGCUGACGAUCUCUUCUUAGAUGGAUUAAACGGAAUUGAGCAGACUAUUUGCGUGUUAUCCCAAAAAGGUUUUUCGAAAUUAAAGCACCUACAAGUCAAGAAUAGUCCCUCCGUCCAUUACGUCCUCCAAUCUCCAUCACAUACGGAGUUUAAGAUGUUGGAGUCGUUACUUCUCGAUAACCUCAUCAACUUGGAGAAGAUAUGCAACAACCAUAUCUCCUCCAAUUCCUUCGAUGCAUUAAAGGUAGUACGAGUUGAAAAUUGCAACAAGAUGGAAGUUUUGUUUCCUCUUUCAUUGUUGAGAGAACUUCCACAGCUUGAAGAGAUGCGAGUUGUCAAGUGCCACUUAAUGCGGGAGAUUGUAGAAAUUGAUGAUAGUGGAAAAAUUGAGUUGCCAAAUUUGCGGGUAUUGGAAUUGCGUGACUUGCCAAAUAUAAAAAAUUUUGUCACCGACGGGACGGCUCCUUCAAGUAGUACAUCAAAUGACCAAGUUGGCCCUCAAAUUGCAUUCUUCAACGGGCAACAGGUUUCAAUCCCAUCCUUGGAGUCCUUGACAAUGGUUGGACUUCCCAAUCUGGAAAACAUAUGGUCCGAUGAAUCUCCAUUGGGCCUGAGCAGUCUCCAAUCUCUUGAGGUCUCUUCAUGCAAAUCUCUCUCAAAGGUUAUCAACUCCAGGUCGCUGGUAAAACUACACGAGCUACACACUUUAAAGGUAGAAGAUUGCGUUUCGGUGCAAGAAAUUUUUGACCUCGACGGACUAGGCGCCGAUGCAAAUAUUGAGACUCUCUCUGAGCUAAACACCAUCUAUAUAAAGAGAUUACCAAGCUUGCGGUGCAUAUGGAACAAGGAUCCUUGUGGACUUGUGAGAUUCCAUAAAUUAAAGCAAUUAGAGGUGUUUGGCUGUAACAACCUCGGGUUUCUGUUUUUCCCAUCCAUGGUUCAAUCUCUCCCACAAUUGAGAGAACUAGAGGUACUAGAUUGCAAGAAGAUGGAGGCGAUCAUUAUAGAGGAUGAAGGGUCGAGAAUAGAAACAUCAGAAAUUCUAGUAUUCUCGAUGUUAACCAAUUUAUUGGUUGUAGGUUUGGAAAGUUUGACGUGCUUCUCUCGCAGAAAGUGUUCACGAGAAGCUUGGAGUGAGGAUCGCCUCAAAUCACGCUACACUACCCUCUUCAAUCAAGAGGUUGCGUUUCCUCGCUUGGAGACAUUAGAGAUCUAUGGCAUGGAUAAUAUCAAAACGAUAUGGGACAAUCAAGCUGCUGCGGAUUCUUUCCACAAUGUAAAAUCACUUGUGGUGUUGGGAUGCAAUAAGCUAGUGAACAUUGUUCCUUCUUGCAUUGUUGGACGGCUUUGGAGCCUGGAAAGUUUGGGUAUAUAUUAUUGUGGUUCGCUUGAAGUCGUUUUUGAACUUCAGUCACUGAAUCCUCUAGAUGGGAAUCCUGGUGUUCGUUCCCAAUUAAAAAAGCUGAUGUUACAUGAAUUGCCACAGUUGAAGAGUGUAUGGGAUAAGGAACUCCACCAUCAAGUCAAAUUCCAGUGUCUCCAUUCUGUUACUGUUUCCAAUUGCAAGAGCCUCACCUCUCUAUUUCCAGCCUCAGUAGCGACAGAUCUUAUCCAACUUGAAGAGUUGAAGAUCAGUGCAUGUGGCAUUAUAGAACUCAUCAAGAUGGAAGGACCAGUUCUUGGGGUUGUCUUCCCAAAGUUAACCUCCCUCAAGCUCGAGCAUCUGACAGAGUUGAAGUGCAUCUACACAGGAACAAAUGCUUUAGGUUGGCCAGCAUUGAAGACUUUGGAGGUGCAUGGCUGUAACAAAGUGGAGAUACUCGCUUCCCAAAUUGAGAAUGAGAUGCCACUACAGAAACAGCCUCUCUUCUUGUUCGAAAAGGGUGCAUUCCCAAAUCUACGAGAGCUAAGAUUGGAUUUAUCUGGACAGAUGGAGAUAUGGCAUGGGGAUUUUCAUGGUGAAGAAUUCUUUUGCACGCUUAGGGUUCUUGAGCUUCGUCAUCUCUCGGAGGAACAUGCAAUAUCCAUGUGUCUUUUUAUUCAGAGUUUAACCAACUUGGAAAAGCUCGUUCUAUGUGAAUCUCAUCUAGAGAAGCUGAGCAGAAAUGUGGAAGCCAUAGAAGACCCAAGUCAUGAGCUAUUACCCUCGUCAAGUUACUUUCAACAUCUGAAGACUCUAGAUGUGUCACAUUGUGAUGGUCUAUCAAGUAUGUUCACACCGACCAUGGCUAAAAACUUGGCGGAACUCACAGAGUUGAGGAUACGAAAUUGUAAAAUGUUGAAAGAAGUUAUUAGUGACGAUGGGGGUAAGGAGGGGUAUGCAGUGACUUUCAAUCAGUUGAAGCACAUACAACUUGAUGGGUUGACGAGGUUGAGUUGUUUUAGCUCAAGUGAAUACACUUUGGUGUUCCCUCUCUUGGAAGAUGUCAUAGUGAGUGGAUGUCCCAACAUGCAGUCCUUCUCUAAGGGACCAAUAGUUGCGCCAAAGCUAGAGAGAAUACAAGUAGAAACACAAGCAGAUCCAAAGCCUCAACAUGAAGUGUGGUUUUGGAAGGAAAACCUCAACACCACUAUCCAAAAUAUGUUUGAAGAUAUGGCUACGAUUGCUAGAGUAAAGUUUAUGUGGCUGUCUGAGUUCCCUGAGCUGAUUGGAAAGUGGCAUAGUGAACUCAAUCCCAUCAAGUCAUCUUGGCAAUUAGAAAGACUGGCGGUGGAUAAUUGUCCAUCAUUUGUUAACGCUAUUCCAUCCAAAUUGAUGCUUGUUUUAGAGAAAAUGACAAGGUUGCAAGUGUGCAAUUGCGAGUCUUUGGAAGAAAUAUUCAAUCUUGAAGGGCUUGAGCCUGUGGAAAUCACUCGGGUGCUGCCCGAGCUACGAGAUUUGGGCCUGGUCAAUCUGCCGAAGUUGAGGCAACUAUGGAACAAAGAUCUUCAAGGAACGAUGCGCUUCAAUUCUCUAUUUUCUCUGACCCUUUAUAAUUGCAGCAACUUGAGAUAUGCUUUCACUCCAUCGAUGGCUCGAUGCCUUGCAAAUCUACGCAAGAUUGAAAUAAAGCAGUGUGGUGAAAUGGAAGAAGUGAUCGCAGAGGAAGAAGGGCAGGUAAGCGUGGUGGAGAAGAUCACAUUCUCGAUGCUCCAUAUGAUGACGCUGGAAUGCUUGCCCAAUUUAACUAGUUUCCUCUCGGGAAAGAAUCAUACGCUGGAUUGUCCUAGCUUAACAUGGUUGAACAUUGCCCACUGCCCCAAGAUGAGAAGUUUGACUUGGCAUUCUUGGAUGCAGAUUGAUCAGAAUACCCCUUCCCUCUUCACUCCACAGGUACAAUUUCCUAAGCUUAAAUCGAUAGUUCUCUCCCACAUGGACAAAUUAAGCAAAAUAUGGACAUGCGGCCCUCAAGGAACUUUCACUUUUAAAUACUUGCAUAAAGUGGAGGCUCGGAACUGUAAGAACCUUGAAAUUUUGUUUCCACAUUGGGUGGCUACAAGUCUAACCCAACUUGAGGAACUUCGAGUGGAGUCUUGUGGGCUCGAGGAAAUAGUCUCGACCGCGAGUGGAGACGACAGUCCACACUCUAUUGCUGCUCAAUUUCUUUUCCCAGUAUUGACUUCUCUGGUAUUACAUGAUAUGCCACAACUAAAGAGCUUACGCCCUAACUUGCUCACUUUGAACCGGCCAUUCUUGAAGGAAUUGCGAGUGACCCAUUGUGAAAAAAUGAAUAUGUUGUCCUUUCCGGCUCGGAAGGCUCUAGAGAUUAAUGAAUUGACAUUCCCACCUUAG